AAAAUAUCAUUAAAUUAAAUUUUUAUCUAUUAAACAUUGAAAAGUAAUAACUUAUAGCACAUUUAACAUUCAACUUAUGUAUACAGUAAUCGAUUUGAAAUGAUGUUAAUCUAUGGAGAUUUCUAUUUUACAUAAGAGGAAAAAUGGUAAAUGAAGAAAUAGUGGAAUUUAAUAAAAAAUCACAACCAAUUUUUAAGAAUCCAAUUUUUCAACAAAAAUUUCGAUCUACUAGUACCACUGGAAAAAAACGAACUUGGCGCUCAUUAAAACAAGUCUUAGCUCAAGAACGUACUUUACCAUGGCUUCCAGAAGUAGUGCAUUAUAGUUCUAUUAAUGCACCGCCAAGCUUUAGACCAGCAAAAAAGUAUUCUGAUAUUUCUGGAUUACCCUCACGAUAUACAGAUCCACAAACUAAAUUAUACUAUGCAACUGCAGAAGAAUUUGCAACAGUUCGAAGUCUACCAAUGGAUAUAACUGCUGGAUAUCUAGCGUUGCGCGGUGCCUCCAGUAUUGUUGGAUAAAAUAAAUGAGAAUUUUAUUUUCUAUAAUUUCCUUAUAUUUAAAUAAUAUAGAACACGGAUAUUUUAUUUUGUAAUUAUAUCAUACUUAUUGUAGAAUAACGAAAUAGGUGUAAAUCUGUAAAUUAAUUAUAAGGCUGCAAAUGUAAACAAAAAUAUAUCGAAUUUAUAAAGAGACAAAAUAAGAUUAUUUUUAAUAAAAAUUGUUUUUUUUUUUAUACAUACAUACAUUGUAUGUAUUAAGUUCUUUUAAUGGGAUUUUCUGAAAUAAACAAUUCCACAAAAAAUUUAGGUCAUUUUCAUUAUUUUAUCUCCUUCAUAUUAUACACAAGUAAUUAUUAUUAAAAAAGGAUUGUUCAUUAUAACUUAGCAUUAUGAAUUACGAAGUAAAGAAGGAUUGGAAAAUCUUUAAAAAGAAUAUUACUGUUUUUUUUUUCUCUUGACCACUGUAUUCUGUUAUGUUGACAAUUUCUUGUGCACCUUAUUUGUCUGCUACUGCAAUGUGGGCCAUUAGCAAAUUUAAU